CGGGUUUUCUCCUUCUUACUGUUUGUUUGCUGCCACUGUACCCAUCAGAAGAACAACCUUUGACCCGGAAGCAGAUGAGGUGUUUACAUCCGGGGCACUGCGCUGGAAGACGCCGUCGUUGCUUCGUUUGUCUUCAGCUUUUUCCCAUUAGCCUCUGGGGCCUCAGCAGCAGCAGCAGUAAAAGAAGAAGAAGACGACGUGAGUUAAAAUGUCCGACGAGGAGGACAUGGCUCCGGCCGUGAAGAAGAGUCGUGUUUUCUACGGAAGCCUGGAGGAGAAAGAGCGGGAACGUCUGAGCUCAGAGAUGUUGAGUGGUGCCACGACAGGAAGUGAUGGGGUGAAGGCGGGCAUUGAGGCAGGAAACAUCAACAUCUCCUCAGGAGAGACUCUGGAGAUGGAGGAGCGGGUCAGCGAGCGCCAGCAGGAAGCGCUCGCCGAGUUUGAACGGCGGAGGCGAGCGCGACAGAUCACCGUCUCCACCGACGACGCCGAGGUGAAGGCUGGCCUCCGGGCGCUCGGAGAACCAAUCACGUUGUUUGGAGAGGGACCAGCUGAUCGCCGAGAGAGACUGCGCAGUGUUCUGUCUGUGGUCGGUCCAGAUGCUCUGAAGAAGUCCAGGAAGGACGAGGAGAGAGCCAAGAGGUCCCAGGACGAGUGCCAGCAGACGUGGUACCAUGAAGGCUCUGCCUCCCUGAGGGACGCUCGGCUCUGGUUGGCUAAAUACUCUCUGCCACGGGCGAUGAGGCGUCUGGAAGCUGCUCGUGCUCAGAAGGACGUUGCUGAGGCAACCAGGACGAUCCGACAACAAGAGCUGCACAAGAGCCUGAGGAAUCUGAACAACUUCUGCAGUCAGAUUGGAGAUGAUCGACCAAUCAGCUUCUGCCACUUCAGCCCCGACUCCAAGAUGCUCGCCACUGCCUCAUGGAGCGGUCUGUGUAAGCUGUGGUCCGUCCCCGACUGUAACCUGAUCCGAACACUCAGAGGACACAACACCAAUGUGGGCGCCGUCGUCUUCCGCCCGCAGGCCGGAGUCUCUCUUGACCAAUCAGACGUCAGCUUGGCUUCGUGUGCUGCCGACGGGUCAGUGAAGCUGUGGAACCUGGAGAGCGAUGAGCCGGUGGCUGACAUCGAGGGUCACAGUGAGCGAGUGUCUCGAGUUUCCUGGCACCCGUCAGGAAGAUUCCUGGGAACGACCUGUUAUGAUAACUCGUGGCGUCUCUGGGAUCUGGAGGUUCAGGAGGAAAUCCUCCAUCAGGAAGGUCACAGCAAAGGAGUCCACGACCUCCACUUCCACCCUGACGGAUCACUGGCUGCUACUGGAGGGCUGGAUGCAUUUGGCCGUGUCUGGGACCUUCGGACCGGCCGCUGCGUUGUCUUCCUGGAGGGACACCUGAAGGAGAUCUACAGCCUGCACUUCUCCCCCAACGGGUAUCACCUUGCGACAGGAAGUGGUGAUAACACCUGUAAAGUUUGGGACCUGAGAAACAGGAAGUGUCUGUACACUGUCCCUGCCCACCAGAACCUGCUCUCAGCUGUUCGCUUCCAGCCUACAGAUGGUCACUUCCUGUUGACAGGAGCAUAUGACAAUACGGCAAAGGUUUGGAGUCACCCCGGCUGGACGCCACUGAAGACGCUUGCUGGACAUGAGGGGAAGGUGAUGGGCGUUGAUGUGUCACCUGACGGGAAACUGAUCGCAACUAGUUCCUAUGAUCGAACCUUCAAACUCUGGCUGUCUGAGUGAUGUCACCAGUGAUGUCAUGAUGAUGUCACAGCAGUUAAACACAAGAAUGGAUUUUUUUCUGGAAAAUGAAUUUUUGUUGUUGUUGUUGUUUUUUCAAUAAAAAUUAAAGUUUACAUUUCUGAA